GAAAUUCUGACUUAAUUGCACAUCUGUAGAGUACGUUAGCAUACUGUUCUAUCCAAGUCUGUUAGGCUUGAACUUUUUUUUUUUUUUUUAGGCUUGAACUUUUAAAAAGAGAGCAAAGGAUUCACCUUUUGAGACCCACUUUUCAGGGGCUCUUUCUAAACUGAGACGAGAAGGAAAGGGAAGAAUGAAUUCAACCAAAUCGCCUGCAUCACACCACACAGAGAGAGAAUGCUUCAAAAACUCCCAAGUGCUUUUAUGGACGAUGGCUGGGGCCUCCAUCCUGUUUCUCAGUGUCUGUUUCAUCACCAGAUGUGUUGGUUCAGUCAAGAAUUGCUGCCCUUUGAACUGGAAACAUUUUCAAUCUAGUUGCUACUUUUUCUCUACAACCACCUUAACCUGGCCAUCAAGUCUAAAUAAUUGCUCAGACAUGGGGGCUCACCUGGUGGUUAUCAACACAUGGGAAGAGCAGGAAUUCCUUUUUCGCACAAAACCCAGAAAGAAAGAGUUUUACAUUGGACUGACAGACCAGGUUGUGGAGGGUCAGUGGCGAUGGGUGGAUGAUACACCUUUCACAGAGUCCCUGAGCUUCUGGGAUGCUGGAGAGCCCAAUAACAUAGUUUUUGUGGAGGACUGUGCCACCAUGAGGGACUCUUCAAACCCCAGGAAGAACUGGAAUGAUGUAUCCUGUUUCUUCAGUAUGCCUUGGAUUUGUGAGAUGCCAGAAAUAAGUCCUUUGGACUAGGUGCAAGGGAACACAGAAGACAUGGUUUACAUGCACAAGGAAGAACAAAAGUGAAGGUAACAACACCUAAAAUCCAACACAAGAAAAUGGCUGUCGGGCAUCAGAAAGGCCACAUAUGUAUGUGUUAUUAUGAAAUAAGUAAAAUGAGUUUUUUUCCAUGGCUAAAAAUCCACAGAAUCAUCUGACGUUCUCGCCAUAACCUGAAAGUUCUCCUUUCAGAAUAUACAAAGCAAUUCUCUAAUAAAUGCAGCAAGACAAAAGGGAACCUCCUUUUCACAUCUGUCUUCCCCAAGGGAAUUGAUAUGAAGGGAGAGGUAGAGACCAAGUACUGAGUCCAGCAAAGAAGACAUCUGUAGAAAGAGACUUUGGAUGGUCACCAUGUCAUCCCAUUUAUUCUCCAUCCUUGGGACAAGCUUAGCUCCUCAUGCCAUUGAUGCAUAGAUCACUUCAAUGUUCUCCAACAGUGAGAAAGAUGCAUCUUUGAGUCUUGAAACUUAUCUGCUGCUUGGAAGAAAGGCAUGGCCUUCAUCCUAUCUUCAUAUGGAGAAGCCAGACAAACUUUAGCUCCUAACAAACUGUGAUACAGCCCACUCUUCCUGGACCCCCAUUUUCUCUGUGUUCUCUUCUAUCAACUGGAUUUCACCUGUAGCUGUAUCUACCGCUCAAGUAGAACCAGAGUUCAAAGUAAAAUUAUCCUUUAUAAAUUCAAUUUCACAUUU